UAGGAUCCGCUUGUUUCUGACCUAACUCAUCUCCGCGAUGUCAGGACCCGUGAGGUCCUGUAUGCAAGGUUGCCAGAUUUAAUGGACAGUACGACUAUUCCCCAGCACAAAAUCAUGUUUUAACAUGCCAACAACCAGGCGGUACGAAAUUUUGAUCACGCUGAAGAAGAAAAAGGAAACGGAAAUGCGUCAUAACACUUCAUUUAUUUUGCUCCAGUUUGUGUGUGUUUACAUGAGUAAGCCAGUGCGCCUCUUUUUACUUUUUCGAAAUUGCACUCAUGUUUUGGGGGGGCUGUCUACAGCGGUAGGUGUAGGUGUAUUUGGGAUACAAAAGUUGUACAAUUUGUUGUUAACCUGGGACGCUAUUUGUGAAGAAAACGGGCCUGCGUAGUCACCCUUUGGCGAUUGCCCUACAAUGAGCUCUGUCCACCAGAGCGACAGUGAGGAAGCCGAUGAGUCGCAUGACCGGCCUAGCCGCAGGGUUUGUGACAGGGACGACCCCGGCCUGGAAGACUCCGACGAUGAAGGCAAUACACGGACACCUCCGCAGAGCAGCCGAGAGGAGAAUGCUGCUGCCCGGGACAAUUCGGAAUCCACGGCCGCGGAGGACAGUCGAAAUUCUCCGUCUCAGCCGACUGUACGAGGAGCUUUGAGUCACGAGUGUACUGCCACGACUGACCCUGGUUCUGUUGAAAGUAACUCCAACAGUCUGUUCUCCUGGCUACACAACAGGACUAUUAGGAGAGGGCUAUUCGUGGAUCCCGCUCGUGACAACUUUAGGGCAAUGACGAACUUGUAUUCUUCCAUGAGUCCGGCUGCAGACUCCGUCAACCUUAGCACCCAGACUCACGGCGCAGUGUUCAAUCUGGAAUACUCCCCCGACGGAUCGGUUCUCACUGUGGCCUGUGAGCAGACAGAGGUGCUCCUGUUUGACCCUGUGUCCUCCAAACACAUAAAGACCCUGGUGGAAGCCCAUGAAGACUGUGUCAACAACAUCAGAUUUCUGGACAACCGUUUGUUUGCCACAUGCUCUGACGACACCACUAUAGCCCUGUGGGACCUGAGGAAGCUCAACUCAAAGGUGUGCUCGCUGCACGGUCAUGCCAGCUGGGUCAAGAACAUUGAGUAUGACACCAACACGCGGCUCCUCGUCACCUCUGGCUUUGAUGGGAACGUCAUCACCUGGGAUACCAACAGGGUGACUGAGGACGGCUGCCCCCACAAGAAGUUCUUCCAUACGCGCUACCUGAUGAGGAUGCGUCUGACCCCAGACUGUUCCAAAAUGCUGAUAUCCACGUCGUCGGGGUACCUGCUGAUCCUUCACGACCUGGACCUCACCCAGUCCCUGGAGGUCGGCAGCUACCGCAUGCUGCGGGCCCGACGCACGCCCCUCAGCUCCGAUGGCUCUGCGUCUGGCUCCAGGUCUACCGGGGCUCCUCGCCAUGGGAAUGACUCCGGCAAGAUCCAUCCUCACAGAGAAGGCCUCUCCCCCAGAAACAGUUUGGAAGUGUUAACGCCGGAGAUCCCCGGGGAGAGGGACCGAGGGAACUGCAUCACUUCCCUCCAGCUGCACCCCAAAGGUUGGGCCGCUCUCAUUCGCUGCUCCUCCAACAUGGAUGACCAGGAGGUGAGUCACCUGACCUCCCACAACCCCCAGGAGUGGACAUGUGUAUAUGAAUUCCAGGAUGGAGCCCCCACACGACCCCCUGUCUCCCCCCGCUGCUCUCUGCGUCUCACCCACUACAUAGAGGAGGCCAAUGUCGGGAGGGGUUACAUCAAGGAGCUGUGUUUCAGCCCCGACGGACGGCUCAUCUGCUCCCCCUAUGGGUACGGAGUGCGCCUGCUGUCCUUCGAUGAGAACUGCAUGGAGCUGUCUGACUGCCUGCCCGUCCAGACCAGCUGUCUGAGGGAGGUCCGCUCCAUCUACUCCCACAGCGACGUGGUCCUCACCACCAAGUUCUCUCCGACACACUGCCAGCUUGCCUCAGGCUGCCUUAGUGGCCGGGUCUCCCUCUACCAGCCCCGGUUCUAAACCCCUGUGGCGGGGCGCGGCCACCAAGGUCCCUUCAGAGCACUACAAUAGACCAGGACCCAGCGGGUUGGAUUAGAGCCACUCCAAACCAGGUUGGCCGUGGUGGAAUUUAAGGAGCAAAACACAGUGUUGCACCGACCUUGAAACCCUGACCAAUAAGAAACACUAUUUUCGGCCUCACGGCACCCCAGUGAAUCCAACAGUGGACUCGUAGUGGGCGGACGCUGUCGGGUGGUCUGGUUGUCCAGGGCAGAGAAGAGGUGAAAGGUUAGAGGUGCUAACCCGUCCUACCUUCAACCAUUAUUAGGGUCAGUUUAAAACUGACCCCGGAUCAGAGACUAUGGGUUUCUUUAACUGUUGGUUGGGACCCCAUGGGAGUCCUGAUGGUUCAUGAGUAUUACCUAUUUGGAUUGCUGGCAGGCAGUUUGGUUUUACGGGAGGACGCUCCCCUUCCCAUUCGGGUCUCGAGCACAGAACAUUUCCAAACCGCUGCCCUACACUACUGAAGACAUUGGCCUAUUGGGCAAGGAACUCAUCUUGUAGGAGAGGACCGGAGGGGUUUUCAAUCCAACUCCUAACCCAAAGGGUGUCCUGGAUCAUUCUAUCAUGCCUGCAUUAGUCGAAUGGCUUUGUCAUCGGUCAGUCACAAGCUAAGAGACAGGGCAGGGCUGCAGUCCAAAUGGUGCCCUAUUCCCCUCAUAGUGCACUACUCUUUUACGAGGGCCAAUGGGUCUUGGCUCCCAGUGAGUGCACUAUUUAGGGUUUAUGGUGUGAUUUGGGACUAAAGUCUAAGUGUGAUUCUGUUUUUUUGUUUUGUUUUGAAAUGUUAGAGAUGUUCUGGAAUAGAGACUUUGAUGGUCAUUGUCUGUUCUGGAAUAGAGACUUUGAUGGUCAUUGUCUGUUCUGGAAUAGAGACUUUGAUGGUCAUUGUCUGACAAGUCUCCUCCAACACUUGUCUUCCUUUCCUGAUCCUGUAGACUGAAGUGUUCCUCGUUCUCCUCCUCUCCCUUCUUUUUCUCCUUCUUUUCUUCCUGUCUUCCAUGAUCCUGCUAUCUCCUACUCCACACACCUCCACUCUGAUUAUAGUGUCUCAGUCCAUUGGUGUUUGUCCGCCAUGCCUUUUAGCGGGUUAUUGCUUCCCUUUCCCUCACUGGGUGAAGUUUCCCCUCACUACAGAUCUAGGAUCAGUUUCAAAUCCUAUAACCUUAAAUAUUAGUGGGGGAAAUGUGACACCUACCACAGAUCACCGCCAAGGGUUCUUAAGCCAAUUUAAGCCUAUUCGCCUCUGCUCAUACAAUCAAUUUCAGCCUUCUCUGACUUCGCACCUGAAAUCUAAUGCCUCAGCUUCCUGUCCUUUUUCCUUCUGAUAUUAAUGUUUUUUCUGCUCCACUUCCGAUUAAUGUUGUGUCCGCUGACCAAUGAUGUUUAUAACCAUUUAACCCCUGCUACAACAUCCACAUCACUCACUUAUUAGUGCUGAGUAAUGUCUGUCCAUUAACCUGCCUCUCUGACGUAGAAUCAGGAAUCAUGGCGCCCUUCACGCCAUUUUUAAUUAGCAAUGUCAUAAGUGUGUCGAUGCAACUUGGCAACGGGUCAUGUUCACUCGGAGACAAACCUGACCGCUGCCUUCAUCGGAAAGGUUUUGUUAGCAGUUGCAGAACGCCUGACCGCUCUGCGCGCUAAUGAACCAACAGCAAUGAACCCCGCCCAUAUGCCCUCUGACAGCGAAGUGCAAGACGGCAGACAUCUGUGGGCCAGAUGUUGCUCUUUCAACUGUGGCUUUUCUACUUCCUGAUUCAUUGUGUGUAAAUUAUUGCAUUCACAAAUUAGAAAUGCUCACUGCGGAUACAUCAGUAUGUUCCACUUACUGCUCGUGGGGACCGGACGCCCUAAAAGAGCCCUAUGUACCGUGGUCAAAAGUUGUGUUGCCAUUUGGGAUGCUUUAUUUAUGUUUUACCGUAACCUACACCGAACCUUAAACAAGCAGUAUGGUUUUAUUAAUAAGCCCUUACCAGUACUGUUCAGGGAUCAGUUUCCCAAAUGCGUCUUUAGAACCGUAGGACCUUGAGUAUUGUUGAACUUUGCCUUAAGAUGCUUUUGUGAAACCGAUCCUUUAAAAAAAAAAAAAAAAUCUCAUGUUUAGUGGAAGAUACACGAUGUGUGGUCAUUUCUAAGAUCUUCAUAAUCCCAGCAAUGUUAUUGAAAUGGUACUUAUCACUGAAAUAAAUGGUGACAUUUUGCACUGUUGGCAGUU